GCCGAAACUCAGCAGCCAAAGCGACAUCAUUCACGCCCGCCAUUAACUGGACCUCUACCGGGACCUGGACCUUGACAUUCCCAUACAAAUCAUGCAAGAUCAUUGUGUCUGUCUUGGAUAAGGAACGAAACCGGUACUCAACAUCAACACCAGAUGCCAUACUCAACUGUGCAAAUAUCACCAUGCCCACUCCCGUCGGUUCCAUCUUGUUCUCCGCUGGGGCAUUGCUGAUUAUUGCUCUCGGGGUCCUCCUGAUCCUGCGCCAUUACCUCCCCUUACGAACAACACCGGCAUACCUCACGGUACCUAUCUUUUUUGCCCUGGGACUGCCAGCGAGCAUCGUACUGUUGGUGCCCAUCGACCUUGCCUCCAGUUCUAGAGGUCACGAUAGUGGCAGUCGAGGAAUAUGGCUUCCAAAUGCGGUGCUGUUAGUUUCAUGGCGCAUAAGCUACUGGCUUACUUUUGCUCUCACAUGGUAGGGAUAUUAUUCCUAUGUCGGGAAGAAAGCUAACGGGUGGAACUACAGGUUUAUCUUGCCCGUACUUGAAGAAUAUGCCGAUGCCGGAUAUCGAGAGCCCAAAAGCAGGCUCAUCUACUCCCUCCGCGCCAAUGCCCAAUACCAGGCGAUUGUUUUGGGAACGGGGUUGCUCGGGAUGAUAUACUUCUUUAUAUCCUCAGGCGCAUCAUUGUCGUCGCUGAAAGGCUUAAUAAUGGCACUCGCGUACUGCUAUUCCUUGAUAUUUUCAAUUAUGCUUAUGGGUCAUGGUUUGGUCGCAAUUCCACGAAGCCUUUUCCGAAGUGCCAAUAUCAGCGGAAGACUGAGACGUAUUCAGGCCAAGGCUGCCAAAAUACAUGAGAAGAUGGAAGCGGCAAUUGACAACCUGGAAGAUCUCGAGGCGCAAGUUGCUGCACUCUCUCUACGAAAGACUGGCUCCGCCAAACUAUUCAGUGAUUGGAUAGAGGAGUUAGCAGAAGAAUCGCAUUUCUCCGAUUCACGACCACGCACCUUGACUCGAAGGAUGUCUACUCCGAGUGUUACCAUACCCAGUGUUAUUACAGAGCGGUAUCUAGCAGACCUAAGCCGGCAGCUUGAUAGAGCAAGACAUAGCCGUGCGAGAUACCUUGACGAGUGGGAUCGUAUAUUACAGUCUUCGACAGAAACGCGUGCGGUUUUAGACUCGGCUGCGUCAAAGCGCAUUGAAUUAGGCGAAGCCUCCCCUCACGAUUCUUUUUUCGACCGCGUCACAAUUCUCAACCCGUAUACCCGAUAUAUUUUUUCCUACUACUUCCUUCCAUAUUACAGCAUUGGUCUCGGGGUCUUUCUUUCUUUGGCAUCUUUUUGCAUUAUCUGGUCAGAAGUGAUCAAAUCAGUCAAUCCUUUCUUUUCAAUAAUUGCCGUUACAGUUGUACACCAUGCCAAAAACGAGAGGGGGCAGAUUGGAUUUGCUGGCCAGGUUAUUUCGGCUUGUUGGAUUCUUUACAUGUGCUUUGCAGCCUUGGUCUCACUUACCGAAGUCAAAGUGUGGAGAGGAAGAGCGCUGGUAAGAAGAAAUACGCAUGGGGAAAGCGCUAUGUGGUACGCUAUGCAAGUUGCAAAACUUUCAGUGCCGUUGUCUUUUAACUUCAUCACAUUUCUCCUCCCCGACACGUACGAAAGAACGGUAUUCUUCAAAUUUCUUGGCAAAUAUGUCGAGUUAACGCCUCUCGGCACCUGGUUCAACCUGUUGUUUCCAACCUUCGUUUUGAUACCGGUCUUUGCUACCCUGCUUGGCCUUUAUGGAAAAGUCAAGAAUUGCGUUGGCUUUGGAGGCGUCAUAGAGGACGAGGACGAAGAAAAUGAGAGUGGCUAUGGAACUGGUUCAUGGCGUGAAGGUAGGGACUUGAUCGAACGAGAAUUGCAAGGAGCCUCUUCGCUAGGCCGACUUGCAAACAACGAACGCCGAUUACACGUUCCAGACAAUCCGAAUAAUCGACCCGCGCUAAUCCUCUCAGUGCCAGCUGCUGAAAGACGAGCUUUAGGGCAACCCUCGAGUAGCAGACCUGGAGCAAGCCAGUCAUCCGAACCUGAAGAAGAGAACUUUUUUGAGGCCUUUGGACACCGAUUCAAAAACACGAUGGAUACGGUCCAAACGCCGAAAUGGCUUCAGAACGUCGGAGACGGCUUUAAACGACCGAAGUGGAUGGGUGGUGACGCUGAAGAAGGGGAACCUUCUCAAAGUGGCGGCGAUAUAUCGCGUUGGUUUGGUGGUUCUGGGAGCUCGGGGAGGGUACGAUUGUAAAUGUCACAAGUCUGAAGCAUAGCGGGAGGAGUUUUUUUGUAUUAGAAUAGAUAUCUGGAUUACCACAGGGGGUAUGGAGUUAACUUUUUUGAGUACUAACAAAUAGAAACAUAUCAACAUUAACAUGAGCGUUCUGAUUCAAACCCAGCACGGAUAAUUCUUGGCCUCCAACGAUCGAUAGCUUCCAAGAGAUCAUCCCAAGGAUCGUUUUUUAAUAUGCUUCCACCGCGCGAGUCUCUGAAUUAAUCGUUCUGCCUCUUUCGUACAGCUUGCCUAUCACACUGUAGGGAUCUGGUCGAUAUUUUCAGCCUCGCAUUGCCUAGGACAAUGUAUGAUUGGCGGCUGCUGUGCUGUACGAACCAGAUCGUGACCGCCAGUGGUGCAUCUCAGGAUUGGUGGGUAUGUCCUGCGAGUAGCCGGGGGAAGCGGGUGAGCCCCAGUUCUGGACUGUACUGCUUUGUGCCAAUUGCUGUUUAAUAUUUGGGACCGAGGUCAGUCCACUAUACCGUUGGUCGGUACGCGCGAAGGUCCCCUGAUGGUUCCCCUAACGGUGGGGCGAGUGCAGGAAGGUUUACUUAUGUGAAUAUUAUGCUUGUUCUCUGCGCUUUCUCUUCUCCCUCUUCACUCUUUGCUUAUUUCCUCUGUCUUCUUCGGGGUUUUUGUGAUUUGGUUCUCUUACUAGCAAUUGCUCCUUUACAUUUUGUUGUGCGAUUGAAUACCGGGCGCAUUUGGAUGAGAGAAUACACCUUGGAGAGUAAUAUGUAGUGGGCAUCUCACCACUCUUGCAUGCACGAUGGACGAUUAUAUGUUUAAGCAGAAUGUGAAUCGGUGUACCAAUGUUCUCGAGUCAACGACGUAUUUCGAGAUCUUUUGUUACUCGGCAAGUUUCCCAAUUGACACCCGGUAGUGGGCAGCUUACAAUACUAAUUCUUCGCUCCAGGACUCUCACUAUGAUACCGUCGAAGAACACCCAUUAACACCCGAUGAAUUCGACAACUUCCUCCACCAACGUGUAAGUUCCCCCACCCCAUCUAUUUCAUUCAACCUCCAUCUAACAAUACAUCUAGGGAGCAUUCGUACCCCAUACCCGGGUCCCAGAAGACGUCACAUGCACGGCUUCCCUGAGGCUGAUGUGAGUUUGUCUCGUUUCCAGACUUCGGUUUUCGGGGUUAGGUGGUGAACUUGUCAUUUUGCUGACAUGGUCACACGAAAGACUUCAAAAAGAUGCAGAGAACCCCGAGACUUUUUCGCCGCAUGUUAUUAGUCUGAAGCAUCAGGAGUAUAUUUCUAUGGUUAAUGCUUUGCAUCUUCCCUAUCGGUCGAUUGAGAGUACGAGUUGUGUUGGUCCGUUUUUUUGGGCGGCUUGGGAUCAGGAUGAGGUUGAUCCGCAUUUACGUAGGUUGCUUUUCUUCUAGUUUUGCAAGUACUUGGGGGUGCAACAUUCAUGGAAAGUAUUGAUGGGUUUAAAUUUGACACUAGAUAAUGCUGUUUGCUAUUUUGGGAUGUCGACAAACCCCCUUAUUUUGCUAUUCUUGAAGCGUUGCUACCAGGAUGUGGAAAACCUCCGGUUUUUCAAAAUAUCAACGCUAACGAGAGAAAAUAGAAAUAAUUUACCGCAAAUCCGACGUCAGGAAGAAAGGUUACACCCGGGGCUGGGAACUCACCUUAUCCCACUCAGUAAACAAUAGCAUCACGACGGGCUUCUGCAAAGGAACACCCAGUUCUGACAUCGUAGAAUGCAUCCGCCACCUCAAAGCCUGCAAAACCCAAAUAGGCCACCCUAUGCUACUACCCGCAAUCAUCUUCUCCCACGACUUUUCCUUCAAAACCGACAUCAAACAACGCGCUGCACGUGACUGGCUUCGUCGUCUCGAGCACGCUGUAAGUAUGCGAACUGACAUCCUCGAAACUGAGGGAUAUGUAGAAGGCGGAGUAGUAGACCUCGAUGCCGUCAAUAGAGACUUGGUGGAGUGUCACAGCCAGGUUCUGUGGAAGCGACCGAAGGCUUAUAUUGAUAUUUUGGAUGGGCUUGAAAAGGCGAUGGUUCGCUUUUAUGAGAAGUUGCCGGAGGAGAAAAAGAAUAAGGUUAUGAGACAGUUGCAUUCUAGUAUGAUUUCUAGGAUGGACUUUUAUCGUGUCAAGCUACACGGUAUUGAAAGUUACGCUCAUACAACUCUCCAAAGGCUGGAGAUUCAGAGGAGUGCGGUGGGUUGAUCCGAGUCCCCGACCCCCUUUUUCUUUUCCUUAGCUAAGCGAGACUGAUUUUGGGCACAGCUUUAUAACAUUAUCGCGCAAAAGGAGUCCAAGUUGAACUUUCAGAUGGCAGGCGAACAGAGGUAUGAAGCUUCCCUAACAUUUCCUAAUUAUAUUUACUUUCCUCAACUCUAACCCCCUCCGUCCUCAGAAAACUCGCCCACGCAAGCAAACGCGAUAGCGCAGCCAUGAAAACCAUCUCCCUCCUCGGCGCCAUCUUUCUGCCCGGCGCCUACCUCGCAGCCGUCUUCAGCAUGACAUUCUUCGAUUUCCAUCCGGACCCCGAUCAGCCCGUCAUCUCGCAAUCCUUCUGGAUCUACUGGGCCUUCACCAUCCCCAUCACGUCCAUGAUCGUGGGCGGCUGGUGGUUCUGGGAGCGCAAAAGGGAGAAGAGAUAUGAAGAUGAGGAUCGCGAUUUGGAACGGGGCAGUGAUGUUAUGGAGAAGGAUAUUAUGGCGACGAUGAGACGUAGGACGAUGAGUAAGGCUAGUACUUGGGAUAAUCAUGUUAGUAAGAGGGAGUAGUUGUGGUGAGUCAAAAAAGGGAAAAGUGGCUGGGUGGUGGUUGGGGGCUCUGGAUGGGUGUUUCGGAUAUCCUUCCCCUUGUUACCAUCUCCUCCGUGGCCGCAAAACGGGGAAUAUGAAUGCUAUCAUGCGAGUACAACUUCGGGAAUCAUCCAUAUUCCUGGAUCUCAAGUUCUACUCGCACAACAGCAAUCUUUUCUUCCACCCUCUUCCCACCAAUUUCCCAUGUCAUGGGUGACCUUCUUUCUUCGCAUUUACUCAAGACACCAUGUGGAUACGAUUGGAGUCGAGCAGAGUUGGUCUUUUACUUUAUGUUGGUGUGCUUUUUUACGAGGCGAUGAUGUUUAUGAUUACGAGGUUAUGAGAUAUGGAAAAGAGUGGCGGAGCUUUUGAGGUCCUUUUAUACAGUAGUACGGUGGUAUAGCUAUAGAUUCUAGGGUAUAUAUUUUGGGCCUUCCAUUGGACCGUUUGGUAUGACAUGU